AUGGCUCUUGUGAUUUGCCGAAGAUUUCCAGGCAGAGUCCGUGGAACACGUCCUCGACCAGCUCUAAUCAAGUACCAUGCAGGCAAGAAAUUGCCUGGUCACACCUGUGAGAACUGUGUUCUGACUGCCAAAGAGAUCAGUACUGACAUCAGAAUGGCAGCCACUCUCAAGCUGCUACAGCCUUUAGGAUAUCAAGUGUUCUGCAGUCCUUUUACCUACAAUGGAACUCCAAGUGUGGCUUAUUGGAAUGUGGGAAGCAGCUGCUCACGGCCUGGGGGACAGGACCCUGGCAAACAAGUUAAGAGCCCUUGUAGCACUUCCUCAUCUCGGAGGAUCCUACAAACCAGUGGUGCCCUCCUGGGUUUGGAAUUCAACAAGGCUUCUGCCUCUAAGGUCAGCACAUUGCAGCCAGACUCACCAAGCACCAUGAGUGUUGAAGAGAAUGUGGAAGCCUUUGAUUCCUUUGAAGACCCCCGAGCCUUCCUACAGCUGAGACCAGAGUACCAGCUUCACAGUUACAACAGAUCUGAAACUGGUCCGCCCCUGUCUCUUUCAGAAGGUGAACUGAUUUUGUACGAGAUUACAGCUUUUCAACACAAUCUCCAGCCCCACGUCAUUGCUGAUUAUUUCUGUAAACUGAGCUCUUUGCCUGCAGAGCAGCAUCCUGUCUUGUUGUCCAGUGCUGGCUUUACUUUGCUCUGCCGGCUGAGUGUGGAAAACAUACAGCUCUUUGAGACCCCAGAACUGAUCAGUAUUUUGAAAGCCUUUGCCAGUUUAGGACUCCCUCACUCCCAUCCAAUGCUGGAUGUGUUUGAAACCAGAUUUUGCCAUCAAGUGUGGAAAAUGAGCCUGGAUGAGCUUCUUUUGGUAGCUGAUCUCUGGCGGAACUUGGGCCGCAGGGUACCUCGAUUUUUUAAAAUCUUUUUUAGUUACCUUAAUUUCCACUGGAAAGAUUUGUCGUUACCACAGCUAAUUCACUUAAUAUAUAUUAUAGGUGAAAAUCGGCAGGGCCCCCAGGACCUAAUGCAGAAACUUGAAUCAUUGAUCCUUAACUACCUGGAGUUGAUCAACUUAGAGGAGAUUGGUACAAUCUGUUUGGGGUUCUUUAAAUCAAGUAGUAGUCUCUCUGAGUUUGUCAUGCGGAAAAUUGGAGACUUAGCUUGUGCUGAUAUGCAGCAUCUGAGUAGUUAUGCUUUAGUGAAUAUUCUUAAAAUGUUCCGCUUUACACACGUGGAUCAUAUAAAUUUCAUGAAACAGUUUGGGCAGAUUGCUCCUCAGCGAAUUCCUUCCAUGGGAGUUCAGGGUGUCAUGCAUCUAACCCUUGCCUGUUCCGCCUUACGCAUCCUAGACGAAGGAGUGAUGAACGCUGUGGCUGCUUCAUUGCCUCCGAGGGCAGCAUAUUGUCGAAGUAAGGAUGUUGCUAAGAUUUUGUGGUCAUUUGGAACUCUGAAUUAUAAGCCACCCAACACAGAAGACUUUUAUUCCAGCCUGAUAAGUGAGAUUCACAGAAAAAUGCCUGAAUUUAACCAAUAUCCCGAACACCUGCUCACGUGCUUACUGGGCCUGGCCUUUUCGGAGUAUUUUCCAACAGAGCUCAUCGAUUUUGCCCUGAGUCCAAGGUUUGUCAGGUUGGCUCAGGAGAGAAGUAAAUUUGAACUCACUAAGGAACUGUGUACUCUUGAUGGUACAGUUGGGGUUGAGUGUCCAGAUUACAGAGGCAAUCGUCUGAGUCCUCACCUUCAGCAAGACGGGUCUGAAAUGCUGUGGAAUUUGGCAAGGAAGGAUAUGAACUCAAAGCCUGAAUUUCUUGAAGCUCACUUUUUACUUGAGACCAUGUUGGGUGGGCCCCAGUAUGUUAAGCACCAUAUGAUUUUGCCUCAUACCCGAUCUUCUGACUUAGAGGUCCAGCUUGAUGUCAACAUGAAGCCAAUACCAUUCAACAGAGAAGCCAUAUUAACUCAAGAGUUAGACAAAUUAAGGCUUAAACAUGUAGGAGUCAGCUUAACAGACACUCUAAUCAAUCAGCUACUAAAGGGGAAAUCAAAAGGGCAUUUUCAAGGGGAUGUUGAGUCCAAGACUGAGCAGCAACCUGUGGAGUUAGAGAGGAAGGCAGUCCCAUGCUGGGGAGGCCCCCUUUGCAGUAUGACAGACAAGUCAGGGGCUGUGGCGAUGACGGACCCAGCCCACCUGCCAGCCCCACAAGUGAAGCUGGCUGUUCAGUUGACAAAUAAGAACCAGUAUUGCUAUGGUUCCAACCAUCUGCUUGGACUGCACAAUAUGAAGAGACGGCAGCUGCUUCGGCUUGGGUAUCGUGUCGUUGAGCUGUCCCACUGGGAAUGGCUCCCACUACUGAAACGAACUCGCUCAGAAAAGCUGGCAUUCCUCCACGAGAAAGUGUUUGCCUCUGUGCUCUGA